AUGACUUCCAUAUCAGAAUUGAAGUACGCAUGUGUAGGAGACGCUAUACAGGUACGGAUAUUGCGCAGGUGGAAGCCACAGUACCGACGCCACGAAACAUGGUUCCUUGAUGUAGACAAGUUUGGAGAUGCUAUACAGAUCUUGGGACAAAGGACAAAUCAAGGCUAUAUAGAGUCUGUUCUUAAUCUUUCCAAUUGCUACACGAUAUCGGAAUAUACAUGUCCACGAUUAGAUGAUUACCAAAAGGUUUUAGAAAAUGAUAUCUACAUGGAUGUUGGUAUUGCUUCUGUUAUCCAACCUAUUCCAGAUACAAUCACAAUUCCUUCAGCUUGGUUUAGGUUUGUUUCAAAAACCCAGCUUAUGGAAUUUGGUGAAAAUCCACCAUUCUGUCCAGAUUUUAUUGGUAUCCUUACAAAAGUGAGAGAUUGCAAGAAACGCAAUGGGGAGUGCUUUGUCUUUAUAGUACUUACCGAUGAAGGUGAGUUAGCAGUAAACUUGUGGAAAGAAUGUAUCGACGUCCCGGAGAAAUUUAAUCGUCAGCAACUAAUGCCACCUCCUGCAACAACAGUUGUCGCUGUUACAAAUUUGAGGACCUCAUCAAACGAUGGAAUACUAAGGUUUGGAUCGUCAACUGCUACACAUGUGUAUGUUAAUCCACCUAUUCCAGAAGCAACACUACUAACCAACAGGUUCAGUGGCCCUUCAAGACCACCUUUCAUUGCAUCUGGAAUACCAACAACAUUGUCGUCACUGGUGGACUUUGCCUUCAAGGACAACUGGUGCCAAGUGAUAUGCCCCCAGUGCAGAGACCCAAUAUUUGAAAAAGCAAAGGAUUGGUUCUGUAGUGCCCAUGGAUUAACUGAAGCACCAAUAUUCCUGUACAGGUUUACCGCAACAGUUUCCGACCCAACUGGCUCCAUUACUUCAUCUGUAUCUGACAGUGCAGCCCAGAGAUUGAUUGGAAUUACCUCAGAAAAGUUGAUGUCCAAUAACACCCAAAUCAACAUAGGAAACAUCGAGACCCUCACUCAACAAGCAAUUCCAACAACCCCAAUGGCUACUAUAGACAACAAGUCCUCUGAAGCUACCCACAACAUACGAACUUUAUCACUACCUUCACAAUCAUCUAAUGCGUCGAAAGCUUUAUCAUUCGAAACCUCAGAGAAACUCCGAUCUACAAAACAUCAAAAACGAGGGCAGCAGUAA